AAAUGUUCAAAGAAAUUCAGAUGUGGAAAUAAGUUUGAAAACAAUCUUUUCUUUUUGCACUUGAGUGAUUUUCAGUCACAGUGAAGUCUAACUAGAGGAGCAAAUGUUCCUCCAGGUGCCUUCAGCUUAUAUGUAGAGGAGAUUUAAUCAGCUGUAGUUUGCAGUAUCGUAGAGCGCUAUGUAAAUGUUUACUCAUCUGAACAAGGUUUCAUUGUGUUGUAGCUGUAUUCCGUCAGGGCGUUCCCAGAGCUGAGAGUAUGUAAAUGAAGAAUGCAUAGCAGAGCCCUCAGUGCAUGGUUUAUGUGACAGUUUGAUCCUCCUGUCAUACAACUUUCUAGAGAAAAAUAUUGUAUUCAUGACUGUUUCAAAAGCAAUGGGCAGGACUACUACUAUCUGACACUGUCAAAAGACGUAACAGAAAAUGUGAAAAUUAACUCCCUGGCUGCCUUUAUUUUAUUAUGGGGCUGUGGGACUGACCAGCUUUUUUGCAAACUUGUGUUUUACUAAAGAUUAUGGGUGCAGCUUUUAGCAUAGGGAAAAUAAAGGUCAAUGGAACCUGCUCUGUACAACUCCUACUAUAUGUGGCCUGUCAGAAUCCCAACCACAGUCUACAUACACCAGAUGUUGAAUCUACUGAAGCCAGAUACAUGUCCAUGCUGUAAAUUGGAUUUGAAUACAACAAUUUGAAUAAGGUCAGCCUUAUCUAAUGACCAUUAUUGCACUGAGUCGAUCAGUGGUGUGUGGGGCAGCCAUGAGCAAGACUGCAGACUGCUGCAAGCGCGUACUGCAUUAUGUGUUUGAUUAUGAAACGACUAAAACACUGGUUAUUCCAAGCCUGGAGGUAGGAUGUGUCUUCAGGUUCAUCCAGAUUCUGGUGCUGCUGUAUGCUUUGGGGUAUGUGUUGAUAGUGCAGAAGGCCUACCAGCAGACAGAUAAUGUCAUGAGUUCUGUCACCACUAAAGUUAAAGGCUUUGCCUUCACCAACACUUCCGACAUGGAUCCAAGAUUCUGGGACAUGGCUGACUAUGUCAUCCCAUCUCAGGGUGGGAAUUCAUUCUUUGUGCUGACAAACAUGGUCAUCACUCCACAUCAGACUCAAUCACGCUGCCCUGAGCUUCCAAGCCCAUCAACUACGUGUGUGGAUGACUGUGACUGUACUGAGGGACUCAAUGAUCCUCGAGGCAGCGGUAUACAGACAGGGCUGUGUGAGAAUUACUCCACGACGGCACGCACAUGUGAAGUGAUCUCAUGGUGCCCCCUUGAAAUUGACUCUACUCUCCCUAAACGCCCAGUGUUGGCUGCUGCAGAGAACUUCACUGUGUUGAUCAAAAACAGUAUAACCUACCCAAAGUUUAACUUUAACAUGAGAAACAUACUGCCUCAUAUUAACUCCUCAUACCUGAAGAGGUGCGAAUUCAAUCGUGCUACAGACCCUCACUGCCCCAUAUUCCGACUGAAACACAUGGUGGCAGAGGCCGGAGAGGAAUUUCAAGACAUGGCUGUAAAGGGUGGUAUCCUUGGAAUUAUUAUUGACUGGAGCUGCGACCUGGACUGGUGGGCAGGAAAAUGUUACCCUAAGUACAGCUUCCGCAGGCUGGACAACAAAAAUCCCACCAAUAACGUAGCCCCUGGAUACAACUUCAGGUUUGCAAAAUACUUCCAGACCACGGACGGAGAGGAAACCAGAACUUUGAUUAAAGCGUACGGGAUCCGCUUCGAUGUCCUUGUGUUUGGAACUGCUGGGAAAUUUGGGAUUGUACCAACCUUAGUGAGCUUAGGUGCUGGAUUGUCAUUUCUUUCUCUGGUUCCUGCCAUUGCCGAUGCAUAUUUGAUGAUGUGUGCAAGAAAAAGGCGUCUUUACGAGAAACACAAAGUUACUUAUCUGAAUGAGGAUGAAGACUCAGAACCAGUGUCAAUGGGCACCACAUAUGGAACCCAGUAACAUGGUUACAGCUAUUUGAGGAUGUUUUUUCUGCAACUGAUGUUGAAACUGCACUUGAAGCAUCAUGUUUCUUAAACUGUAUUAAGUGCUGAGAUACCACUUAAUAAGAAUUGCAUAUCUCAAUGGUAUGGCGUCUUGGGUGGGGGAAGGUCAGAGGCCGGAGGUGAAAGACAGAAGUCUUUGUUAGUUUUUCAUCUUAAGGUCAUUAAAUUGCCAAAGCUGAUAACUUUCUCAAGUUUUUUUAUGGAAACUCUAAAAACUGAUGUAAAUUAGGUUGUAUUAAUGCUGGCCAACAUCAUUUUAGGUGAUUAGGACAGAGCUAAAAAGGGAAAAUUAUCAACCUUGAAACAGAAAAUCUUUGAGCAUGCUUGGUAUGCUCCAAAUAAGUGGUUUCCAACCUCUUUUUGUGUGCAUAAUCAACUACAAAGAAGUUCACUGAUAACCAGUAAUUUAACAAAAUUUCAGUGUUUUGCUCAAUGCUAGCCAGCCAAAAACAUGCCUGGUUAGAUCCUGUUUUUUUUUUUUUUAUUAUUUUAAGCUGAUGCAAUAACCUGGCUUUGCCUUAAAAUGUGCAAAUUUUAAAUUUAACCACUAUUUAACUCAAUCAAACCAAAUAAAUGGGUGCAUCUAGAAAAUAGAAUAUCAUGCAAAAGUCAAACUAUCUCUAUGAUUUAUUAACAUUUUUUUUUAAAUAUCGAUGCUCACAGCUUAAAGCUCACAAAAAUCCAUCUCAAAUAUUUGUCUAUUGUGAAAAGUCUAAUUUGAAAAGGUUUUCUGAGCCUUCAUUCUCUCACUUUGGUUCAGUUCACACAACCACAAUCAUGGGGAAGACUGCUGAUCUGACAAAUGUCCACAAGACAAGCACUGACAUCCUUUACAAAGAGGGUAAGCCACAGAAGGUCACUGCUGAAAGAGCAGAUGGUUCUCAGAGGCUGUGUCAAAGCAUAUUCUGGAAAAGUGACUGGAAGGGAAACGUGUGGUUGGAAA